AAUAUACAUCCCAUCGCCCCUUCCAUCUGUGUUCGGAGUCUAUCGUCUUCUCUGUUCUUCUCUCGAUCGAUCGAUCAAACAUGGCGACGAAGAGGAGCGUGUCGACGCUAAAGGAGGCGGAUCUGAAGGGGAAGCGAGUGUUCGUGAGGGUGGAUCUGAACGUACCCCUGGAUGACAGCCUCAAGAUCACCGAUGACAACCGGAUCAGGGCCGCCGUCCCCACCAUCAAGUACCUCAUGGAUCACGGCGCCCGUGUCAUCCUCUCCAGCCACCUGGGGCGUCCUAAAGGUGUUACUCCUAAGUACAGCUUGAAACCCCUGGUGCCCAGGCUAUCUGAACUACUUGGAGUCAGUGUUGAGAUGGCCAAUGACUGUAUUGGUGAGGAAGUUGAGAAAAUGGUGGCUGCAUUGCCGAAUGGAGGUGUUUUGCUCCUUGAAAAUGUGAGAUUUUAUAAAGAAGAGGAGAAAAAUGAUCCAGAGUUUGCAAAGAAACUAGCAUCCCUUGCUGACCUUUAUGUGAAUGAUGCUUUUGGCACUGCUCAUAGGGCGCAUGCCUCAACAGAGGGUGUUGCCAAAUUCUUGAAGCCAGCUGUUGCUGGUUUCCUUAUGCAGAAGGAACUUGACUAUCUUGUUGGGGCAGUAGCAAACCCCAAGAGGCCCUUCGCUGCCAUAGUUGGUGGCUCAAAGGUAUCAACCAAGAUUGGGGUGAUUGAGUCACUGCUGGAGAAGGUUGAUAUUCUUCUCCUUGGUGGAGGAAUGAUAUUUACAUUUUACAAGGCACAAGGGCAUCCAGUUGGGUCAUCUCUUGUUGAAGACCAGCUCGAUCUUGCAACUGCGCUACUUGAGAAAGCAAAGUCUAAAGGGGUGUCUCUGCUGUUGCCCACCGAUGUUGUAGUUGCUGACAAGUUUGCUGCUGAUGCAGACAGCAAGGUUGUACCAGCAUCUGGCAUUCCUGAUGGUUGGAUGGGGCUUGACAUUGGACCUGACUCCAUCAAGACAUUCAGUGAAUCUUUGGACAGCACCAAGACUAUCAUCUGGAACGGGCCAAUGGGAGUGUUUGAAUUUGAGAAGUUUGCAGUGGGAACAGAGGCAAUUGCUAAGAAGUUGGCUGACCUGAGUGGAAAGGGGGUCACAACCAUCAUAGGAGGUGGCGACUCUGUCGCUGCUGUAGAGAAGAUGGGGCUUGCUGACAAGAUGAGCCACAUAUCUACUGGAGGUGGUGCGAGCUUGGAGCUACUUGAAGGAAAGUCUCUUCCUGGGGUUCUUGCUCUGGAUGAUGCUUGAAAACAAAUCUUGUUUUCUCUACCUUCUAGUGCCCUUCGAGUGACGGAUCUUUCAAUGUGGACUAGUACUUAAUGCUUCUUAAGCUGAGACGGCUUUUACCAUAAGAAGUUUUUGUAUCUGGCUGUAAUAAGUGAUUUUCCCAAAAAACGUUUUAACUUAGAUGGUAUUGUGACAAAUUUGCUUAGUAUUGCUGUUUCUUUUGGCACUGAAUUCCUUUGUCAGGGAAUGAUCACGCAUGAGAUUGGUGACUGUCACCUGCAAGGAAAUCGUUAUUUUUUCCUCCUUG